GGUUUGACCAGCUGACCUGGACUUGGCCAAUAGUCCUGUCCUCCAUCAUGGCCACCCUACCAUUCUGGCUAACUAAGAAGAUGUUUCCCUUCAAAGUGAGCAAAUGGAUGGGGCUUGCUUGCUUUCGGUCAAUGGUGGGAUCCUCACCCAACAUACGCCAGAAGAAACUAAUCUGCAAGUUGCAGGAAGAUAAGGCUUUUCGGGAAGAGAUGAAAAUUUUUCUUGAGAAAAUAGAAGACUUCAGAGAAAAGAUGUGGAAUUUCCGAGGCAAGAUCCAUGAUUUCCAGGGUCAGAUCUUGGGCUUUUGGGAAGAGGAGAGACCUUUCUGGGAAGUAGAGAAGACCUUCUGGAAAGAGGAAAAAACCUUCUGGGAAAUGGAAAAAUCUUUCCGGGAAGAAGAAAAAACCUUUUGGAAAAAGUACCGUACCUUUUGGAAGGAGGAUAAGGCCUUUUGGAAAGAGGACAAUGCCUUAUGGGAAAGAGACCGGAACCUUUUUCAGGAGGACAAGGCCCUGUGGGAGGAAGAGAAAGCCCUGUGGGUGGAGGAAAGAGCUCUUCUUGAGGAGGAAAAGUCCCUGUGGGAGGAUAAAAAGUCCCUCUGGGAGGAAGAGAAUGCCCUCUGGGAAGAGGAGAAAGCAUUCUGGGUAGAAGGUGGUGGCCAUAUUGCUGAGGAGCAGAUACCUGAAGACAGGCACCACAAUAUCAAUGGAGGGCCCCAAUCACUGGCCCUCUUCCGAGGCAGAGCGUGAGAACAGGACAUGAAGGGACAUGGGGUCCAGACUCUGUUGGAUAGGGAUUCAAGUCCAGGGUGACCCAACGUGCUGGA